AUGUCAGAUCUAGGAAAGAGUUAUCUACAUGAGAAUAAGGAUCCAAUUCACCUGGUCGAAGGUAGUCACUUCUGUAAGAUGGGGAGGAAAGAGUCCCAUGACUUAUGGUUGAGUAGACUGAGGAAGACUACCAUAACCUCCACAGGAGCAGACAUCAGCACGGCUAGUCUUCCUCCUUCGGCAGCCACUUGGAUCAGGCCAGCUGAUGAAGUCCUGAUGACCACAGAACCCAGUAUAGCAGAGAAACCUACUGGAGCAGCCAGCGGUCCACUGGAUGAUUUUCCUGACUAUAAACCAAACCUGGACUUCCUAGACAAGCUGCUGGGUUAUGCUACACCUAUCGGGACUGUGGUGACGGCUGAGACACUUGGAAUGAUGAUAAUGGUGAGUGAUGAGACGAAGGAGAAGAAAGAUGAAAAGAAAGAGGAAGAGAAGAAAGAUGAAGAUGAAGAGAAGGAAGACGAGAAGGAUAGAGAGGAGAACAGGAAAGAAGAAAGUGGUGAGAAAGACGAAAUAGUAGUGAUAAAGAGGAAGGACGGCAAGAAGAGGAAAAGAUCGGAUUCCACCAGCAGUUCAAGUAGUUCUAGUUUCAGUUCCAGUGAAGAGGAAGAGAAGAUCAGAAAGGAGAAGAAACCUCAGAGUCAGACAUUACUGAGAUCAGCUUUAAGAGAUGAGGGAUGCACAACGAACCAGCACUGUCGCGGCUGUCACACCUGCCCCAGUAAGAAGAAGAGAGAAUGUGCCGAGAAGGAGGACACCAGAAAGAAGAACACCGUUCAGAAGGAGGCAGGCAUGGAGGAAAUGAAUGGUGAAACUUUAAGCAGACUCAUAAGCAGUAAGGGUAGUAGUCUGGGGUCAGUUUGGAGUCAAUGA